UCUUCCUUGACUGGUGAAUUCUGUUUCUGAAUUUUGCUUUCUCUUCUUUUAUGGGCUAAUAUUCCACUGAUUGUGAUGUCGGAAACAAACACUGGCAAAUGCAAAAUACUGUUGAAAAAGGAUUGACCAGAAAUCUGCAGCCUAUAUUCAGCCCUGCUCCUGAGGUCAUUGAAUGAGGUCUUCAAUGACUGAUGAAAGAUCAUGUUUAUCUUGUCGGAUUAAGGCCAUUAUUUUGUUCAGCAAAACAAUUGGAUUGAAAAGCAGAAGACUUCAUUGUUCUCUGGAACCAGAUUUAGAGAAUCCUGCUGGGUAGCAUGUGUAUAUUUUUUCCUUGCUACACUGGCCACAUGAGCAACUACUCAUUUGCUAAUACGUCUGCCGGAAGAUGGAGGGAGAAUUGAAUGAAGGCAGCCCGUGUCCUAACACUAUGGUGGCUGUGAUGAGGGACCAGGCAGUGGUGGGGGAUCCUCUGAGGUCGUCCAGCCUGCCAGAGAACCCCAGCAGUAGCCCCCCAAGAGAGAAAGGCCGGAACCGCGGAAGGCUGAUCUCGUGCCUCAUAACAGUCAACAUCUUGUUCCUGGGCUGCGCGCUGGUCAGUGGGGGAGCCUUUAACGAGGUGGCCAUCACACAGAUCGAUGUCCAGAUCUACCUGACACUCCUCCUCCUCCUGAACACUAGCUGGAUGAUCUUCUAUGUGGCAUACACCUCACAGGUGGACAGUGCCAUACUCUACAAGGACAGCCACGCUGGACCCAUUUGGCUAAGAGGAGGUUUGGUGCUUUUUGGAGUGUGCAGCUUAAUCAUGGAUAUCUUCAAGAUUGCCAACUACAUUGGGUACAUGCACUGUGACUCGGCGGUGAAAGUUGUAUUCCCUGUGGUGCAGGCUGUGUUCAUACUUAUGCAGACUUACUUUCUGUGGGUUCAUGCUAAAGACUGUGUUCAGAUCCAGCGCAACAUAACUAGAUGCGGGCUGAUGUUGACCCUGGCCUGCAAUCUCAUGGUGUGGAUGGCAGCUGUCACAGAUGAGUCUCUCCAUCAGACUGGGCAUAAGGAUUCCAGUACAAGAAUCUCCAACGUUUCCAAAGCCCACAGUCUGACAAUGAAAGCUGCCAACCCGAGUGUUAACUGUCAGUGCAGCUAUGCGAGCUGCCCCAUCUUAGAAAAAGGUUACUACUAUCUAUACCCCUUUAACAUAGAGUACAGCCUCUUUGCAUCGGCCAUGGCUUAUAUCAUGUGGAAAAACGUUGGCCGCCAGAUAGACGAGCACAGCAGCCAUCACCACGUCAGCUUUCACAUCCGGGGGAUACUGGCGGGGCCAGUUCUGGGAAUCAUCGUUGUAGUGACCGGACUUGCUGUCUUCGUGGUCUAUGAUGUAGAAGUGAAUUCCCCAGACACAAAGGACUUAGCCCUGUUGAUGUACUAUGUGAUGAACAUCGUAGGCCUCAUCUUGAUGUCAGCUGCCUCCUUGGCUGGCUCCAUCAUCUACCGGUACGAGAAGAGGGACCACGUUUCGAACAAGAAUCCCACUCGGAGCUUGGACAUCGCUCUCCUCCUGGGGGCCUCCAUGGGCCAGUUCACCAUCUGCUAUUUCACCAUUGUGGCAGUGGUGGCGAAGAAGUCUACAGAGUACCUCUACGUGCUGGACCUCGUCUGUGCCAUCAUCAUCGUCGUUGAGCUUUGCCUGCAGAACCUCUUCAUCAUUGAGGGGCUCCACAGGCAACCUUUCAACGAGGAGUCAGCUGUGGGAGGCACGGUCUUCAUCAACGACAACGCCUUCAGGCAGGGAGGCUGUGAAGAAGCACGGCCUACAGAAAAUGGCUUGGAGCUGAGCCACAGCCCUGUCCACACCAUGCACAGCAUGCCCAGUACGCUACCAUCUCAGAGCUCCAAGUACUGGAGGAGGCGAGCCCUCAAGGAGAUCUCUUCCUUCCUGCUUCUCUGCAACAUCAUUUUCUGGGUUAUGCCAGCAUUUGGUGCUCGACCCCAGUUCGACAAUAAGCUGGGAAUAGAAUUCUACAAGCUCUCCAUGUGGACCGCCAUUGUCAAUAUUGGACUUCCCUUUGGCAUCUUCUAUCGAAUGCACUCAGUAGCCAGCCUCUUUGAGGUCUUCCUCACUUCCUAAAUAUUCCUUAGGGAAUUUCUCCGUCUUAAAGGAAAUGCUGCAUCAAAGUCAGAUCCAAUUCCUACAAUCGCCAUUUGUGCGUUUUACAAACAUACGUUUUCUGAUAUAUUUUAUCAAGUGUUAUAUUGCAUCUGACUUUUGAACAAAUUGCACAAUUGACUUUAAUGAACUAUAGUAAUGCAAAUGACAAGGAGGAAAAAAAUGAAUACUCCUGGUCUCAUUGAUCACAGAGUUUAUGAUGCAGAGGAAGGUAUUGAUGCAAUGGCAUGUUAACAAGCUUUUAGAGAAAGGACAUGUUGAACUCCAAGAACUACAACUGUAAAUGAAAGCAAUGAUUUUGAGGGGCUAUAGUAGUGAAGACUAGUGGCUUAACUCAUCCAUUCUGUUAGGUUCAAUUCUUACUGGAAUUUUCAGUCCCUAAUACGGAAAGUUACCUCUGUCCUCUGUCUGUGACGGAAAGGCAUUGAUCUUGUAUGGCAUGGAUUCUCAAGCACCUCAUAGAUUCUAUAAUUUUGAAACAGAUUAUUAUUUGUGAAGAAGAUUAUUUAUCAAUGGCUAAUUAUUUGAAAAGUCCUAGGUUAUGUUAAAUCUACAGCAUCUGCUUGAAGCAGUAGAAGUUAUUUUGUAUUGUGUCUUAUACAGUUACUUCAGUGAAUAAAGCCAACAUUUGUGAUUUGCGGAAUUACAUCAGGAGCUCGAGAGUGGAAGAUAAGGGUGUUGUAGGACACUGAAGAAUUGGGAGUGUGCAAUAAAAAAUCAUAUUACAGUUUUAACUUAAACAAAAGUUUAAAAAGUGAAAAAUAAACAAAGCUAAGCACAUCACCCUUGAUUACUUAUGCAUGUGCCAAAUGGCCUGAGCACACUUGUAGUUUCUAUUGAGUGGUGGAGCUCAAUGUUUUGGCCAUACACUAUGAAGCAUUGUGAUUUUGAAGCUGUAUUUUUCAAAUAACUCAGGAUCGAACAGUUUUUACAAAAAGUCAUUUUGUUUUUUCUUUGUGUGGGGCUAUGAACCUACUUUAACAGUGGAAGACAGAAAAACAAUUAUCAAAUUUGCAUUUACAAUGUGCAUUUAAAUACAUGCUGUUUCUAAGAAAUGCAUU